AUGCUGGCCAAGGCUAUUAUUUUGAUCGGAGGACCUCAGAAGGGAACCCGCUUCCGCCCGCUGUCGAUGGAGCUCGCCAAGCCGCUGUUUCCGCUCGCGGGCGUCCCGAUGCUGCAGCACCACAUUGACGCGUGCAAGAAGGUGCCAAACAUUCGUCAAAUCUUCCUCAUGGGAUUUUACGAUGAAUCCGAGUUUGCCACGUUCAUGACGCAGUGCAUCUCGCCGGACGAGGGCAUUCAAAUCAGUUACCUGCGUGAGACACAAGCACUUGGCACGGGUGGCGGUCUGAUGAGAUAUCGCGACAUCAUUCUGGAAGGCCAGCCGGAUAUUCUCUUUGUGUUGCACGGUGACGUGUGCUCGUCCUUCCCGCUCAACGACAUGCUUGCUGAGCACCAGAAGCGAGCAGUCACGGAUCACUUUACUCUGAUGGCAACUCAGGUCGAGCGAGAGCGAGCGCACUUGUACGGCUGCGUGGUUGAAAAUCCAGAGACUGGUGAAGUGCUGCACUACGCCGAGAAGCCGCAGACCUUUGUCAGCGACCUCAUCAGCUGCGGUGUCUUUAUCUUUACCCCAAAGUUGUUUGACCAUAUCAACGCUCUGUCUGGGCCGCCGGCGCUCGAUCUCGAUUGUGUGGACGAUGAGGAGGCCGAUCCCCGCAACUCCCACAAUGUGAGCCUUGAACGCGAUGUCCUCGUGCAAUUGAGCGGCUCUGGCAAGUUGUUUGUCUACAAGACGCUGGAUUUCUGGACGGCUGUCAAGACCUCUGGGUCUGCGUUGCAUGCCAACCGCUGCUACCUGUCGUUCGUCCGAAAAAGCAAUCCCGAACGGUUGGUGGCGGCCAAGCCUGCCGGCUCAGGCUUCCCCACCAUCGUUGGCGAUGUUAUUAUCGAUCCUACUGCCACAGUAGAUCCGACCUGCAAGCUUGGUCCAAACGUGACCAUCGGACCAGGCGCCAAGAUCGGUGCUGGAGUGCGCAUUGUGGAUUCCAUUGUGCUUGAUCAGGUGGAGGUUAAGCCGCACGCGUGCAUCAUCCACGCCGUCAUCGGCUGGCAGUCCAUUGUGGGUGCAUGGUCGCGAGUCGAAGGCGUGCCCGGCCUGCCGGGCACUGGAAACCAAUAUGUGAAUGGCCAGAAGAACAAUGGCGUCACAAUUUUGGGAAAGGGCGUCGAGGUUGCGGCUGAAAUCAUUGUCCGCAAUUGCAUUGUGCUUCCGCACAAGUCGCUGACCAGCAAUCAACGAAACGAGAUUUUGCUGUAG